AGGAUGCUUGCCAGUCGUGGAGCGGCGGCGUCUAUUGCGGUGAUCGGGAUGCUCCUGGCGAUGAUACUUCUUGCCACUCUGAGGGGUCAAGAGUCGUCGGAACUUCAAGGAAGCGACGAGGUGUCAUCGGCUCAUCAGGCGCGAGUCUUCACCAUGCUGCACAACAUGGCUGCGCUCGCAGCGUUUUGCCAGCACAUCGGGAGGGUCAAGAAGCAGAAGGUGAUGCCCUGCGGGCCCGGCGCGACCCAUCCAUGCUGCACAGAGCGACAGCUGCAGAUGCAGAAGAUGCAGGGAGGAAAGUCGCAGUCCUUCGAUUGGGCUGAUCCCACCACCUGGAGCGGGGCAAAGGGAGCAGCUGCGCAACACAUCGCCAACAAGCACGUGGUGGACAAUGGAUGGGCUUCUCCCAGCGCGGCGCAAUGGCAGAACACGAUGAUGGCUCAGGCGCAACCUGCGCAGUAUCCUCCUCCUGCCUACCCGCAACCCUACGGACAGGCACCGGCAUAUCCUGCCCAGGCGCAGGGAGGAUACUACCCGCACCUACUCCCCGGGCAAGGAGGAGUGCCGGAGCAGGGAGCUCCUGCCCCCGCGCAGUACCAGAUGCCUUACGCAGCGGCGCAACCCUCCUACGGCCCCAGCAUGUAUCCAGCUGCUGCCCCGAACUAUCAGCAGGCCUCCAGCUACCCACAACAGCCCAUGUACGGAGCUCCUGCUCCCUACCAGCAGAACUUCUCGCCGAUGCAACGCGCCCAGUAGUAGUCCAGCAGGUGAGACUCAAAGAGAGAAAGUAGGAUGCAGUCGAAGAGGUGAGAAGGGUUGCCUGUGCUCGGGCAGAGGAGCUGGGAAGGUGUUGUAUGCUUAUUGGAAUGAAAGAGAUAGCAUGACAUCCGUCAGA